AUGGAUAAGUCAUGGAUGCAUGCGGAUAAAAGAUCGAAGGCAUAUGAGUUAGAUGUGGAAGGAUUUUUGAAUUUUGCUGUAGAAAAUCUUAUAAAUACAACUCAUAUUCGUUGUCCAUGUGUUAAAUGUGGGAAUAUUCGAUUGUUUGGAGUUGGAAUUAUAAGGGACCACUUAUACUUUAAUGGAAUUGACCAAAGCUAUAAGAUUUGGACAUGGUACGGAGAACCUUGGGAAUGGACUACUAAUGCUAGUAGAAAUGUGGAAGAGGAUGAGCAAUGUGGGUUCAGUUUUGUUUAUGAAGUAGUAGGGAUGGAUGAUAAUGAUUUAGGAGAUAUUGAAUUUGAUCCUUAUGAGUUUGCCACUGUGAUUGGGGAUGGAUAUCAACCCUUGUACCCUGGUAGCAAAUUAUUGAUACUUCAAGGAGAUUUUCUUCCAGAAGGAAAUACACUACCUUCCUUUAUGUACGAGGCCAAAAAGACAUUGUCUGCUUUAGAGAUGAGUUAUGAGAAAAUGCACGCAUGUCCCAAUGACUGCAUCUUGUAUAGGAAUGAUUAUGAAGAUUCAACUAAUUGUCCUACUUGUGGUGUCUCAAGGUGGAAGGAAGGAAAAGAUUCAAUCUUGAAAGAGGGUGUGCCAGCGAAGAUAGCUAAGAGUUUGACUUGGCAUGCUGCUAGAAAAUCAGUUAACGGUCAAAUGUCUCAUCCAGCGGAUUCCCCGUCUUGGAAACUUGUUGAUGAUAAAUGGCCCGAGUUUGGUAAAGAGCCAAGAAACUUGAGAUUGGCUCUCUCAUCUGAUGGAUUCAAUCCCCACAGUUCUUUAAGUAGCAGAUACAGUUGUUGGCCAGUUAUCUUAGUUACAUAUAAUCUCCCACCAUGGCUAUGCAUGAAACGGAAGUUCAUAACCUUAUUGAUUUCCGGUCCUAAACAGCCUAGAAAUGAUAUAGACGUCUACUUAGAGCCUUUGAUUGAUGAUUUAAAAUCUCUGUGGGAUAGGAUUAGAGGAGUGUAUGAUGCACAUAUUCGGAGAAUACUUUACAUUCAGAGGUGUAUUAUUGUGGACAAUUAA